AUGGCAGCUACACUAUUUCUUGGCCAGGUUUUGAAAGGGCGAAGAGGGCUGUACACUGUCACAAAUCGACUGCAGGACUGCGUCUGGCUUGCUAGAAACGAGAAUCAGGAGAAAGUCGUGGCAAAGAGUGUCACACACUUCCGAUCACAGAACGAACGAGAUAUCCUGUUUCGUUUUCAGAACCGAACUCCCUGUAUUCGCCCGCUGAUCGAUGAACUCGAAGAUUCGACUAUUCCUCCUACCCUCAUACUCAGAUACCUGGAUGAUGAUGCUCUUCGCGCCUCGAACCAGCAGCGGCUUACGCGUCCAGAGGUGAAGUAUGUUGCAAAAAAGGUGCUAGAAGGACUGUCAGUUCUGCAUGAGGAGGGGUUUGUACAUACUGAUAUCAAGCCCAGUAAUGUGUUAGUGAACUAUGAUCACAGCGACAUCCGGUUCGCAGAUGUCCAGCUAGCAGAUUUUGGAAGCACGGUUCACAUGGACUCCCUUCACGCACAACGCGGCGACUCAAUUGGCACACCUAUCUUCAGAAGCCCUGAAGCACAUCUUCAAAUGCAGUGGGGCCCUGCAACAGACAUUUGGUCUUUUGGUGCAAUGGCAAGUUAA